UUUAGGAAACUAACAGCAGACUGGAGGAGGCAGCCGCACUUUUAUACUUAGAGAAGGCCUUUUAGUUUGAUCUUUUGUUGCAGAGGAUGACAGGAAAAUAAACUGUUAGAUCGAUAGCUGAAUCAAUUUUUCGGGGGCGGUAUCUGUGAGUCUAAAGUCUAUUUUUUUUUCUCAGAUCAUGCCACGUUUGAGAUCACGCCUGUGAUGGGCUGAGCAAAAACAUCAUCCUCCUCCUCACAGCUGCUGUCACACCGAAAAGUUACCCAAGUUGUCUUUUCUUCGUUCGCCAGAUUAUUUUAUUUUCACUUUUCUGUCGCCGAUCCUGCUGUCCGCCGGCCCGCCCCAGCAUGCUGGAGCUGGAUCUGGAUGUGGACUGACGUCUGAGGGAUGGCAUCAGCCGUGUUUGAAGGCACGUCGCUGGUCAACAUGUUUGUCCGGGACUGCUGGGUCAACGGGAUCCGGAGACUCAUCAUCAGCCAGCGGGGAGAGGAAGAGGAGUUCUUCGAGAUAAGGACAGAGUGGUCUGACAGGAACAUUUUAUACUUGCAUCGGAGUUAUUCCGAUCUGGGGCGGCUGUUUAAAAGACUGCUGGAGUCCUUUCCUGAGGACAGAAGAGACCUGUCCAAGUGUCCGCUGAUAGAAGGGCUGGUAAAAAUCAAAGAGGCCAGUGACAUUGAGGAGAAACUGAACGAGGUGGAAAGACUACUGAAGAAUGCCAUCAACAUGCCGUGCAAGUAUUCCAGAUCAGAGGUGAUGUUGACGUUCUUUGAGCGAUCACCGUUGGACCAGGUGCUGAGGAAUGACAAAGUCCACAGAAUCCAGCCGUGCUUUCAGAGUCCAAUCAAGAUAUCAGAAAUCAUGAGGUCCAAUGGAUUUUGUCUGGCCAAUACGGAAACCAUCGUAUUUGAUCACAGUCUCCCCGAAGAAAAAGAAAGACCCUCAUCCACCGACUCUGUGGAGCAUACCUAUGAAGAUGGGACAGAGUUUCUGCCAAUGGAAUCAGACCUGUGUGAUGAGGAAACAGAAGCGUAUGUCACCAACCUGUCCUACUACCAUCUGGUCCCCUUUGAAACCGACAUCCUGGAAUGAAUGGUGCGUCCGAUGCCUGUUGAUGGACAUCUGAUGCUCUCAUUGAGGAAUACGUGCUCUUAAAUGGAGCACAGCUAUGCAACAGUGCACAUAGCUACUCCAAGUAAAUGCUGCUCAUCCUUGCAAGCAAACUUUUAGAGUUGCUUGGAGCCCAUUUUGGAGUCGGGCCAAUUUGCAGCAUGCACCAAAAUAUUGGAUGAAUGCAACAGCAGCACCACUUUGUUUUUGCCACUUUUAGCCACCAGUGUGCCUCAUUCAGAGCCUUAUAUGAGUCAAGAAAAAACAUGACCACCUUGUCUUUAUGCUGGCUACAGAGGGCUUUCAGUGCAACCGGUGGAGGCAACAAUAGAGGUUCUUCAGUCCUGCAGCAGAUGCAAACAGCUGGAUACGUUUUAAACACGUAGCCUGACCACUUCAAAAGAAUUCAUCCAAGACAUCAUUGUUCGCGGAGUGAAAACAGAGGGGAGAGGAGCAUACAUUAGGGGACAAAUUUACAGUAUUGGACCUUUCACUGUUACUUAAAAACAUAGCUGAAUCUACCAGCAGUCUUUCUUUUUCGAUCUCGAGUUGUUUUAUCUUUUGCAUUUUGCUCCUCCAUGAUGGCAUUGGCCCAGUUUGCCAGUCUGCAAAAUCUAUUGUGUUCUCAUUUAAAGCGCUCCCUGAAGUGUUAUCCACAGUGUUACCACUCUGGUGUUUUACUCCUGUGGGAAUGCAGGAAGCAGUCAUGAAGCUUUGUGUAUGAUAUUUGUUAAUGGUGCAAUUUUCACCAACAUGUAGGAACUUUUUUUGUUUGGUUAAAUACCAGUCGGACUCAUGGGGUGAUUCCUGUUUUGUUGCUGUGAUGUGCAGCCGUUGCUGAGAGGACUCUGAGAUCCAAGUGAAACUGGACUGCAGAGAUACAAACGUGUGAAGUUCAGCUAUCAAGAAAAACAUCAAAUAAUGGAAGUCAAUGGGAAAAUUUUGUCCGAAGUUUUCCUUUUUUAGCAUAAAAAUACAUGACAGUAUACUCUUGGUCUGCACAAUAUCAUGCUAUACAUUAACAGAUGUUUAAGUUUACUCACUUCUGCCUUUCUGCUGCUUUAAGUAUACUGCAAAAGUACUUUUUUUUUGUGUGAAAUCUGCGCAGUUUGGUUAGGUUAAGGCAACCAAACUACUUGAGCUGCUUAAGGUUAGGAAAAAAAAAGCUACAUUUUAAAAUUAAGUUUUCUACAGAUGCUCUUUUUCAACUUACUAAAAAAAUCCCUGAGCACCUGGAUGCUCACAAUAAAUGUUUCAACAGCAUCGUGCACAUCAGAAAAAAUAGCAGAUAGAAGGUAACUUAAUAUUUUGUGACUAUAUUCAAAGUGUGCUGAUGUUUAUUGUGCAAGUGGAUGCUACAAUAAUGAUAAAAACUGAGAUAUUGUGCAGCCCUAUAGUACACUGUUAAUAUGCCUGUUUCAUUUGGUUUCUUGACUACUCUCAAAUUAAAGAAUAUUAAAGAAAUAUUAAUUGUCAUUAUAAUUUUGUCACAACUUUCCAAAGUGAUAACUUAAUGCUGCCUUUCUGGAUGUCGAUGAGCAUUUUAAUUUUAUUUUAAUUUUAUUGAUUUGGUCUGAAUAAGAACUUAGAAUGUAAUACGUGUUCUUAAUGUGCUUAUAACAUUGCUUAUUUUAUGUUUAUAAACAAAUAAUUUGUUAUAUCAGAGCGGAGAUUGAGUGCUGCCAAUGGAAUCGUCUCACAGCUGCUGUUGUUAUGUGACGAGUGAUAAAAUAGGGCAAAGAGAGCUUUGUUUUAUAGGUCAACUGAGGUCAUAUCUGACUCGUUCUGUAAGAUGGCGUGUGUGGGUUCAGUCAGACAGCCGACUGUAGUCUUACUGAAUGUGGGAGUCUGCAGCUCGGCCUGCGACGAGGGAACAAGUCCUCUCUUUAUCUUAAGAAGACAAACGACCUUGCUGUGCAAAAGCUUUCCAUAGAAAAAGUUGUGAGAAAUAAUCAAAUAACACUUGAUCAAAAUUCAUGGUUUUGGUAUGUUUUUAUGGGUUACUUUCACUUCUCUUUUCAUUAAACUGUGGAACUCAGUUGAGCAUUACAUGCACUUUGUUUUGAAUGGAAGUGAAAGACAAAGAAAUGUAUAUUUGUGUUGGGUUAAAGGGACAGUUUGGAUUUUUUAAAGUGGGGUUGUAUAAGGUAGUUAUCAAUAUUCAGUGUAUUACCUACAGUAGAUGGCAGUAGGCACGCCUCAAGUUUGAAGAAACAGGCAGUACUACGCAAUUUAUUGCUGUAGACGGGGGCAGCAGCAAAAAGUAUUUCAACUACCUAAAAUACUCAAUAUCAGCUUAAAUGUACUCUACAUUUAGAAUAUUUAAUCGCUUUAUCAUGCAGUCAGACAGCCCUAUUUAUGUUUACGCAAGGAGCAACUGAUGAGCUGAGCAGCUAUUCUUUUCUCUUCUGAGCCACCAGACUCCAUUGACAAAAACAGUAAUUUUACCUCACAAAACACAGGAGUUAUUAGUCUAUUGCUGCCUCAAUCAUUUAGUUUGUUUGUGUUAUUGUGUGACUUCAGCAAGUCCAACCUAUCUUUUAAAAUACCCAAAUCACUCAAUAACACAAACAAACUAAACGAUCAAAGCAGCAGUCGAUCACAAACCCCAGUCUUUUGUUAGGGAAAAUUACUGUUUUUGUCAAUGGAGUCUGGUACAGAGCAUCGUUAAUGACUACAGCUCCCUGUCGGUAGGGCUAUCAAACUGUAAGGUAAAUCAGGUAACGCUUUAUAUUAAGGUCCUUGUAAUAACAUUAAUUAACAAGUAAUAAGGCCCUUGUAAGUCCUUACAAGAUGCUUAUUAACAUUAUUGUGUGUUUAUAAGCUUAUAUAAGUGUUAAUAAUGGCAUUAUAAUGCAGUUAAUAGCAGGCUAUAAGAGAUUUAUAAGCACUAAUAAGAAACUUGUUAACAGUUUGCAAAUGCUUAAGAACAUUAAUAAAAGCCUCAUGAGUAUCUUAUAAUUAUUCAUAAUAGCAUUACAAACACCCAUUACCCACCCAUGAUGUCUUUGCCAUGCCUUUAUUAAUCUUAUUUUGUUUGCUUAUUGAUAUUGAAAUAUACUUUAUUGCUCAUCUAUUAUAAGUUAACUAUAAGUUAACUAUGCUUUUUGCAACUACCGGAUCUAAAGCGAGAACAAUGCCUUAUUACUUGUUAACUAAUGGUUAUUAAGGACCUUAUUAUAAAGCGUUACCGUAAAUAAUUUUAUUUUCUGUAAACUUAAUCACAUAGAAGUAUAUAAGUGACUUUAAGUGGCUAAAAUAUGGCCUCUUAACCCUAACACUGCUUCUCCAAAGUGGGAGCGUGUCGACUGGCAUGUACUGUAAAUAAUCCACUGACUGUGGGUAAAUUCCUCGCGCAACCUCACUGCAAAAUAAUCCAAACUAUUUAAUGAAUCCCUUUAACUUUAAGUCCAUCUGUAAUCAUCAUUUUGACAGUUUUGUCAGUGCAAAAGUCAUUGUGGCCUUACAAUGUGGGCUAACAGCUUGUGUCCACUUUCCUGCCCCUCCAAAUACAAAAGGCAUUCAACCCUCACAAACUUGGCACACGGGGCUCCGACAGGACGGUCCGCCGCAUGAGACUAUUUAGUAACACAGUCAUGAUCACCAUUCACCCCAUGAGAAAGUACAGCUCUUUCUCACGGUGCGAAACAAUUUCAUGCUUCUUUUUUGUUUUCCAAGAAUGACAUUUUGAAUUGGAGAAUUAUUCUUUGCACAUAAAAGUUUCAAUGUAGUACUAUUUAAUAUGAUUCAACAGAGGAAAACUGGAGUCUCUGAUAUAAAACUUUUAUACCAAGAUCAGAUUUUCUCUCUUAAAUGCUGUAUGAGUCUAUAUUUAAAGAUCUAUUAUCUAUUAAGACCUGAGACCCUUUACAGGCUGCAUUAUAAAUAUUCUGCCACAGUCUGAGUGACUAAAAUGGUACUCAUAUGAUUUAUAAAACAUAUCAAUAUGCCCAUCAUGCCAGCCAGCGGUGUGAGGAUUCAGAGGACAGUCAGUGUGACAGAUUAUAUGAAAAUAAUAUUACACUAAAGAUUUUUUUAUUUAUUUUGUAAACUGCAGCCACACUCUGUGAAGCUAACCAUUUUAUGCUUUGUAAUCCCACUUUUUAUGUGCUCAUGUGUGAUGUGAGAUCUUGUUCUCUGUAAAUAUGUCAAACAGAUUGAAUGAAGGUUAUUAUAACCCUUUUAAAAAAUAAGUUAAUGUUGUAACAUGUUUGAUAACUGUAAAGCUAUUCAGACAGUAUUAGAUACAGAAUAUUAUUCUCAAAGCUUCUCAAAAGACAUAAGUUUCCAAUAAAAAGUUCAUGUGA